AUGACGAAGCCCUCCCUCCCAUCCAAAAUGUGGGCCGCACAAGUCAUCUCCUUCAACGAACCCUACAAAGUCCACGAAAUCCCCGUUCCAUCAGAACUUGCACCGCACGACCUCCUCGUCAAAGUCGCCGUCGCCUCCCUCUGCCACACAGACUUCAUGGUCUCUUCAGGGGCAAUGGGCACACCACUUCCCUGCACCGGCUCUCACGAAGGCGCAGGCACCGUCGUAGCAACCGGCACGUCUGUAACGCAGUUCGCAGUCGGCGACCGCGUGAUGGCCGGGAUCUUGAGGACCACACGCAUCAGCAUGUCCGCAGUACUGCCAGAAUACUGGUGGUUUCCUUGGUAUAACGACCCAUGGAUUCUUCGCUCAGUACGCGAAGAUCGAUGCGCGCCAAACGGCCAAGGUACCGAGUAA